AUGUACUUGAUAAACCCUGAUAACGAACCCGGAGUUACUAUGAACGUGGAUGAGCUGUAUGACAUCGGGGAGGAGAAAGGAGUAUUGAGGAUAGUAGACCACGGCCACUACUCUAAGACCAACUACUACACCCUGACCCAGCAGACUUAUGUGGUCCAGGACCGAAAGUGCUCUGUGGGAUCGAUCAUAGAGCAUGUGGGCUACCGCAUCUGGGGAUGGCUCUACGAUGAUUCUCACUCCUCCGAGGGCAAACAGAACUUCCUCUUCGGCCCCUCUGCUCUCCUCAGGAUCGCCAGGGACUACAAGGAUCAGGCGGAUUACAUAGGACAAACUCUAGUCCGCGGAAUUAUGGCUGACCACUGGGUCAUCAAACACGAUGACAACCACACCCUGGAUUUUCACUUCGCCAUUGAUGAUUGGCUGAUGCCUUAUGGACACGAACUGGAGGGAGUGAAACUGGCGGCGCCGCUCCUAGUCAAGGUGAACGGCAAGCAAGGAAAUCCCUGGAAUCCCGCUGAGGGAGAAAUCGACCAAGAAGUUUUCUAUGAGUACACGGACUUCAAACCUUACGUCGCCAACAACAGAAAAUUCGAGUUUCUGGUACAAGACGGUCUGGAAUGCAAAGGGAGAGAGACGAUGGAUCCUAGCAAGAUCGACCCACCUAAAAUUCCUUCCGAUAACUUCCAAGUGUUCAUUGAGACGCUCGUACCAUCGUAUGAUUCCAUCCAGCACCAAGUUAAAACCACCAUCUUCAGGGCCUGGAUGUACUACGACAACUAUAAACAGCUGCUGCGUCUCGACAUUAACCCAGAUAUGGAUGCUGUUGAACAAACCCAGGCUUACAAGAGCAUUCACGACUUCAACACCGGUAUCGAGUACCGCAUCUACAUGGAGACUGGAGCAUGCGACAUGCAGCCCCUUGACCCCGACCAGCUGGGCAACGUGAUUGGAAGUGGUGUUAUCGCUGGAGUCAUCAUGGCUGACCCUGACAACCUCUUUCAUCUCGACGACUCGUAUUUCUUCAACGGAUAUGGGGAGACGAGAGGCAUUAGAACAGACCGCUGGACCUCCACUAGGAAUGACAUUAAGAAUCCCGAUACCGGAGAAAACUACAUGAAAGCUGUCGUAGAUUACCAGUUUAUUUAUGAGGGGACAGAAAUCGACGGGGAGACAAUAGGUACGUCACUGCCUGCAAGCAUUGACGUGACUGUGUACAAUGACAGUGACCCCGACUCCAUCCUCUACCGCCACAUUGUCAACCUCCUCCACUUCAAGACGUCCUUCGAGACGUUCGAGAUCAACCCCUUCGACGUUAGGGAGUGCAUGGACACUCCCCCACAGCGGACCUGGAUCAAGUUUACCUUUAAAGGUGACUGGUUCCAGGGGGCGUCGCAGGAGCCAGAUGCCUUCCAGAGAGCGCUCCUUUCCAAGAUCUCAACCAGCGGCACUUCCUUCGUCAGUACCUGAAAAGUUGACCUGGACCACGACACAGACUUUGUGUAUGCCACACUGCUGCUCCUCGAACCUGCUCCUUACCACUUCCAGUUCGAGCGUCUUGAAGACACUAAACCCACGGACAGCGACACCCAGCUGGAAAUGUCCAUAGAAGACGUUGACGAGUGUGCCCUGCAGUGUCUACGUUAUGUCAGGUUCCAGUGUGUGUCCUUCUACGAGUGUCAGGAUUUGAAUAAGAACUGCUUCGUGAGCAACUACAAGGACUCUCCUGGGAACUUCGUGGACAUCCCCAAGAACUGCUCCCACUACAAAAAGGCUCUGAUCAAGAACACCAAGAUACAAAAGACCAAUGAUGAAGUUCUCCUAUGGCUUGACGGCCAGGUGUCCAUGGGGAUCUUCGUUCUCAGGAUCAAAUAUCAAGAUAUUGGCGGACAAACAAAGACUGGAAUAUACAAUGCCACUUUUGUGGAGGAAAUCUUGAUGCCUGACGACCCCAUCCUGGUGGACCUAAUUAGAGAAGACUUUCAGAUGGCCUUCAUCCAUGGCAAGCUGCAGGCCCAGUACACCGACCUGCAGCUAAACAAGGUGAGCUAUGACUUGUGCCUGGCAAGCUGCCUUCAAGAGAGAGCCUUCGACUGUGAGACUUUCUCCUACUGCUAUGAUGACAGUACCUGUUCCCUAUCAUCCUUUGUAGUUGACUCUCCUGUGCCUAACAGCGAAGUCGUCAGGAAGACUAACUGUGUCAUCAUCAGUCGCAGCCAUACCAAUGACUACGACAAGAUGGAUGGCACAGUCUUCCUUGGAACCCCGAAGGCCAGCACACACACCACGGGGCCAGAGAAGUGUGCUUUCUACUGUGACAACUCUACUGCCUUCACCUGCAGGUCUUUUGACUUCUGUAGUCAAGACAACACUUGCAAUCUCUUCGAGGAGCACUCCAUUGAUGUCCCAGACAAGCUCAACCACUCUUACGCUGACUGUGUCCAUUAUGCACGUAAUGCCUUGGUGGACUUCGAGAAGCAUGAGAAGCAGGUCCUGGCUGGUAACCGUGACCGCUAUGUUAAGGAUAUCUCUGUUACCCAGUGUGCUCAGGUGUGUGAGGAUGAGCCAGACUUCGGGUGCAAUGGGUUUGACUACUGCACUGAGCCUGGGUCUAUUACCUGCUUCCUCACCUCGGCUCACUACUCUGAUGCUGGCAUUGUCAUCACUAACUCCCCCACUUGCAACCACUACUCCAGGGAAUAUUACGAGGGUGAUGACAGAGAUUCACACGCCAACAGAAAAAAGGAUCCCAGCAAGUACAUCUAUGGUCCAGGUGACAUGGCAGGCCUGGCAUGCUCUAUGCUAGUCAUCUCAAUCGCCCUCACUUUUGCUGGGGUCUACGCUUACAACAAGCACUACAAGCAGUAGGAGUCUGCUCGACACAACUUCACCUUGGGUAUAUUUGUACAAAUUUGUAAUACAUGCAUAACUUUGUUAGCAUUAUUCAUGUGAAAGCACACAUACACAUUGUAUAUAUAUGAUUAUGAAGUUUGGAAAAAGACCCAAGAAAAUAAUUAAUCUCUUGUUACUAUAAUCAUAAAGAACAAGAGACCAUAAGUAAAAAGUAAGGUGCAGGAAAAAAUAAAAAUUUCAUAUUUUAUCAUUUAUAGUAUCAGCAGUUAUUUCCAUAUUAUUCAUGUAUACAGUGAUUUCUUUAUUUUAUAGAAAAAAAAAAAUUCCUGAAAUAAAAUUUAAAAUUUUUUGCUCUUACUGGAAAAAUUCAGUUUUUUUUUUUUUUUAAAUAAUAUUUUUAUCUUUAAAUAUUCUCUCUACUCUGAGCAAAUCUGAAUUAGACAUUUUCUUCAAAAUUCAGAAUUCUGCUUUCCUAUUAACAUGUCAUAAUGUCUAAGAAUAUUACAUUCCCAGUUUCUGAGAGGUAUUUAUUAUUUAGAAAACCCUAAAUUAAUUUCAAAAUUAUUCUCCAAUUCAGUCAAGUUUUUAAUUCGGAAAAUUCAGAAUUCUGGUGAUCACUCGAGAUUCAAUAUUAAAUUUUCUGAAUUGGGGAGAAUUCUGAAUAUGCCUGUACUAGAGCGUUGUAUCUUAUAUAAGCAUUUUAAAACAAAUAAUUAAUCGUUUUUUUUUUUAAUUUAAGCUUUACUAUCCCUGAGGUAAUGUAUUAUCAUUUUUGUGAAUUCAUUUCAAUCUUUGGAAGAAAAUAUUUGCUUUCAUGAAAAAUUAAAGCAGCAAGGGAGGUGUCUCCUACCAUUCCUACUCAAGGACAAUCAUCAGCAUUGUCAGAUGGAUCAAUGCAUCAGCUCAAGCCUCUUACACUAUGGAAAAAUUUGCUCAGCUUUUGUGGAAAGAGUGAAAGCCUAUCACUGUCCAUGAAAAGCUAGCAGAUUCUGUAUUCUGACAUGUCAAUACAUUCUGCCAUCAACACUUUUGACUAACAUCCAUCUGUGAAUUUUUUUUGGACUGAAAAAUGGGAAAUAACUAAUGUUAAACUAUAAAAAGUAUAUUUUUAGCAUUUUAACAAAAUAUAGCAAUGCUGUAUGUCCAUUACAGAAAGACACAAGUA